AUGGCGUCGCUGGAGGCGGCCAUUGACGAGGAGAUGAGGGAGGUUGUGGCCAUUUUGGAGGGCAAACAGAAGCCUGGAGGCCGCCGUCCUGAGAGUCCCGCUGAGCGCGCACAGAGUCCUGCUUCGCCCAUGCGCAGCAUGCUCGAUGUCGACGAUCUAGGCCAACGCCGCAGCUCAAGUCGAGGUAGCACAGGCAUCCCAUUCGCCAUGCCCUCGUCGCCUCGCAGAGUGAACCCCGAGUCGGCGUACAAGUUCGAGAUGCUGCCCUCGAUAGAUGCGCAUGCCAUGCCCAAGCGCGUGUCUCAAGGCGGGAAGUUGGAUCUCGCUGCAAAGCCUCGUGCCAUGUCUUCUGUCUAUGGUAAGCCAUCAGGCUUUCUGGGUUCGUCGAAUGGGAAAGACCGAAAUAGUCCUAUGAGGGGCACUCUCGUCCGAUCCAAGUCAGGUUCUCCUGCGCCUGAUCGAUCCACGUCUCCAGCAACGCGCAUGCUGAGCCCAACCCCGUCCGCGACCACGCCCACGUCGAACAACACAUUCCUGACCGACUCGGGCAAGCGAAUUGACAUGGAUACCGCUUAUCGCAAGCUUUCCGACUCCGCACUUGCCCGUUCCGAGGGAGGGUUAUCAGCACUCCCAAACCGCAAAGGCUCAGACCCUUCCAAAGGAACGACUACCGCACCUGGCGGAGGUGUGCGCCUAACCACCGACGAUGAUGGCGAUGGCGACGACAGUGCUGUGGUAGAGAGCAGUGACAACGACUCUGAUAGUUCAGAUUGGGAUGAUGGAUGGGCCCCAGCCCAGAAAAAGCAACGCGGCAGACAACGAACACGGAAGGAGUCUGGUGGUGUCGACACCAUGGGCAGGGAGAUAAUCACUGCCAAAAGCUUAAUGGCCGCAGCAGAGGCAGAGAAUAGAGAUGUUUCGGCUUCGUACAAAGUACGUUCGUUGCUUGAGCCCGCAAUAAAUAUCACCGGGCCCAAUGGCGAAAGAAUGUCAAGGAGGAACUCUUCGGGAGUCGUACAUCCCCACACCAGCUUCGACCAGGGAGGUUCUGGCCUUUCAACUCCAAUUCAUUCGGAUCACGAGGACAAUAUGGCCGAAAUCAGAUCAGCCCAACAGCUCUCACUAAACAUUUCUCCUAUUCAGUCAAGCCCUGAGGCCCAUCGUUGUGUUCGACAGAUUAUCAGAGGAGACUACAGUCAGUUCGCGGAUGAUGCUCAGAAGGGGCUACGGCGACAGCGUGUGUAUUUGGUGUCGACAGAUCUGAGUGACGAAGCCGCAUAUGCUUUGGAAUGGACGAUUGGCACCGUUUUGCGUGAUGGCGAUACGCUUCUGGCUGUAUAUGCUGUCGAUGAGGAGAUUGGUGUUGCGGGUACUGAUGCCUCGGGAGCGCCUAUAAGUCAGGGCACUACGGGGAAACAAGAGUCUGACCACCUCAAGAGGACGUUAUCGAAUCAUGACGGCAUAGGAGCGACCAAGUCUGGGUCCUCGGCCUUGUCAAACUCCAUCAUGGCAACAGAAGCGAACGUGAGCGCCAUGGGUAAAACGGAAAAGCAGAGGUAUCAAGCAUGUGUGGAAGUGUCUGAUCGAUGCGUCAAGCUGCUGAGGAAGACGCGUCUGCAAGUCCGUGCCGUCGUCGAAGUGUUCCACUGCAAGAGUCCCAAGCACAUGAUCACGGAAGUGAUCGACUUUCUAGAACCAACGCUUGUGAUUCUCGGAUCGAGAGGCCGGAACGCUCUGAAGGGUGUCUUGCUCGGCUCGUUCAGUAACUACCUUGUUACCAAGUCGUCGGUGCCUGUGAUGGUUGCACGGAAACGCCUCCGAAAACAUAGCAAAUACAAGCGGCAAAAUGUCCGAAUGUCCAACGUACUUACCAAUCCCAGUGACAGGUUGGCCAAUGCUAAGAUUGACUGA